CGCUUAGAUGUUGUGCCUGUAUUUGGCACUUCUCGUCGGAUUAACGAUCGAGGUGCGACUAUCUUCCUCGCUUACAUUCCGUUCGGAAAAAAUCAACUAUAUUUAUGAAAAAGCGCUGCAGCAUAUUGCAGAUCGUCAGCGCUUGCAAAGGCUAGAGAAUGAUCUACACACAUAUGAUAAAGUAUAUAUGGACACAAAGAAUGCUUAUAAAUCGCGUAGCCCAAGCGAAUACUCAAAUCAAAUGGGUGAAAUUGACAAUAAGCUGGCGCUGCUUCUGGAAAAAUAUGAUCUGCAACAAGCGAUACAUGCAUUCAAAGAAAAAAUGAAGCAUAAAAACGAGCCUAUGCAUUCAACGGAGUGGAACGCUGAGCUGGAAAGUUUCGAGGAUGGAAGACUCCAGAAACUAUGGGAAAAAGCAAAGAAGGGAAUGUUCUCUGAAGACGAAUUAAGAACCCUUCACAAAGAGCUGAAAGAUGCUGAAAGAAAAACCAGGAUUUACAAGGACAUUUUGCAAGAGACAAAUAAGAUUCCUCUCGAGAAUUCCAUUUUGCAUGAUGAAACUGCAUCGAUAGAAGACAAGAAAAGUCGUCUCAAGAAAGCAUACCACGAGAUGUCCGAGCAUAUUGAGCAGCUGACUGAGAAACUACAAGACGAUAAAACCACUCUUUUUGAAAAUGAGCGUGUUAGACGGCUGUGGAAAGCGGCGCAGACUAAUGGCAACUUCUCUGAGAAUGAUCUCAACAUCAUGAAAGACGAAUUAAUGCAUUUUGACAAACAACUCAAAAAGAUGGCAUUUCAUAAACAAGAAUUAGAUGCUCGUCGUGCUGAACGAGCAAAACGGGGAAAAAUGCUACUCCAUACAGUUGAAGAUGUUGAAUUGGAGGCUAAACACGAAAAAAUGGACAGGAAACUACGAAAAAUGGAGAAAUAUCUCGAGGCCAAAACCAGGCAUAUGGAGCUCUAAGGUUUUUCUCAAUCUACCUAUGGUUUACUUGGACCUAUUUUUUCAAAUAAGAUUGAUAAUGCAAAUGUAAGUGAGAUCGAGGUAAGUUCUUGUCUUUGUUCUAUCAGCUGCAGAAAGUCGCCUCUUUGCGUUUUCGUUUCUAUUCUAGUUUUUCCUCCAGUAUACCUCUCUUGUUUAGGCAUUCCAACAUAGUAAUGUUCAUGCAACUGUUCUCGAAUUUUAUCUUGCAUUUUGUAGCCAUUGUAGAUUCAUGGUCGAAACACCCAUAAAAAUAACACCGUUAUUUUACUCUCACAACGCCUUUGAUAAUGUUGUGAUGUUUCUUACCGUUGUCUUAUCGAGCCCGGGUCGCUUGAGGUUCUGAACCGAGUUUAUAGGAUUUAAUACACAGAGCUGUCUACUUAGCAUAAUAAUACGCAUUUCUUACAUAAUAUUCUUGAUUCGAUGUACGAAGUAUAUAUAAUUUCACUUCUGAUGUUUGAUGUGCCAUAUUUUUCAUGCCUUUUGACCACAUUGUUUCUUGAUUCUGUUUGUGCCAAAAAUUUCGCUUAUAUUAUCCCCGAUAAUUAUUUCGACGUCACUAAAUUCCAUUUUAGUACCACGUUCUUGCUGGACUGCAGAUAAAGUAUUAUUUGUC